UGUCAGCUUUCUUACUUUCGGACUUGGCAACUCCGAAUCCAGAGGAUGAGAUUUCGGGCUCCGUGAUUGGUUGGCUACAGAUCGGUUUGUUGUUAUAAAUUGACCUUCAACCUCCAUUCUCCCAUACCUUCAACCACCCCUUUCUACCCUCCUCUCAUCCUCUUUAUUGUUUAUUGAAAGGUUUGUAAUGGCCGAACGAGUUGCACACCCAGGGCCUCAGGAUCGUUCAGUGUUGUUUAUGCUACCGGAUGAGCAUCGUGCCGAUCGUGUGUGGCAUGAAUCAUCAUUUCGUGACGUCAAACUGAAAUGCCAGCACUAUUCGAGAGAAGCCUACGUUGAGGAGGGUCCGCGUCAUCCUAGGGUGGUACAGUUGCUGAGAGUAUCGGGCUUUCAUGGUGUGGAGAGAAUAGGACAAUUGCAGUUAGAUUGGUCUCUUGUGACUGCGUUAGUGGAGAGGUGGAGACCCGAGGUACAUGCAUUUCAUUUGCCCUUUGGUGAGGUAGGAUUGACCUUGCAGGACGUACAAGUGUUGUUGGGGUUGCCUAUUGACGGCAUACCACUCACCGGUCCUACGAUUACUGAGAAAGCAGCGUUAUUGCAGAUGUGUGCAGAUUCUGUUGGUUUUAUACCAACAGAUGAGGAUUUAAAUUCACCCACCAUAAAAGUACCGAAUAUCCACCGCAUUCCAUUAACUGAAUGGAGCACUGAGAACGAGGUGACUCAACACACUAGAGCCCUCAUUUGGCAGUUGUUAGGCGGUUCGUUAUUUCCUACCACUAGUGGGAACAUGGCGAGCUGGUACUUCUUGGAGUUGUUGCAGGGCAACUUAGCAGAAGUGCACCGAUGGAGCUGGGGCUCAGCCGUCUUGGCCUAUCUUUAUCAUACCAUGUGUAAGGCGGCCAAGGCCAAGGCUAAACAGAUCGGAGGAUGUCUAAUUCUUUUACAAAUUUGGGCAUGGGAAAGGUUGCCGAUGUUUCGGCCCCAAGGUCAUCUCCCUUUGGAAAGUAUUUUGGAUUUCCCAUAUGCUGCUAGGUGGGCAUGUCAUCAUGAUUAGCAACAAACAAACAGAUUUUCGUUGCGGAUAUACAGGGACCAACUAGAUCGGAUCACGGAAGAUGAGUUUGAAUGGACCCCCUAUCCGUUGAUGGCCCUGCCAGACUUUUGCCAUUUUGCAGACGAUUUGUGGGGUGCGGAGGUUCCAUUGAUAUAUACGCAUAUUUCUGAGGCGUACUAUCCUGGCAGGUUUUGUCGUCAAUUCAACGCAUAUCAGAAUAAAUCCAGACUAUAGGUAACAUUGUAGCAUUUUAUUAAAUCUACUAUAUAUGUUUGUGUGGUUCAUAGUAAUUAUGUAGUUGGGAUUAAGAUAAAACAAUUACUAUUAGUAUCAACCCCGCCAUAAUUGCAUUCCGACUUACACAAGAGCCAAAAUCGACAAACUGCUUACAAGUAAGUUCAUCGCUUCUGAAAUAAGUUCUACAAUUCGCAUAAAACCAGACUAUAGUAUUAAGCUAAUAAUGAAUGACAUACACCAAAAGUAUAACAUUCGUGUUGGAUAUAAGAAAGCAUGGUAUGCACGUAUAUUAGCAUUGGAGCAACGGUUCGGCAAUUGGGAGACAUCGUACAACGAUCUCCCAAAUGUCUUACAAGCAAUGGCGUAUACUAACCCAGGGAGCAUAAUUGAUAUUCAAAGUGAUAACACCAACACCCAAGGAACAUAUGAGUUUAAAUUUGCAUUUUGGUCAAUAAAAGCGGCGAUUGACGGCUUCAAUCACUGUCUUCCGGUGGUGUCAAUUGAUGGAACUCACUUGUAUGGCAAGUACAAGGGUCAUCUCCUAGUCGCGGUGGCAAUGAAUGCCAACCGUGAAAUCUACCCUCUAGCAUUUGGAGUGGUAGAUAGUGAGAAUGGUGCUAGUUGGAAGUGGUUCUUACAAUUGCUUGUGACACAUAUCAUACCCCCUGAUCGAAAUGUUUGCAUCAUCUCCGAUAGGCAUGCGGCUAUAGAUUAUGCAUUUCGAAAUGUGGAACAAUUGGGAACACCUCAAAUUCAGAGACGUUAUUGUCUUCGCCACAUUAGAAGCAAUUUCAUGACCCAAUUUAGAAGUAAACAACUAAAGAAGUUGUGUUGGCGAGCAGGAAGUACCCCAAUUGUAAGUGAAUUUCAUCAUUAUAUGCAACAAAUUCGGGGUACUAACGAGAGAGCUUUCAAGUAUUUAAAUGACAUUCCCCAAGAAAAGUGGGCACUUUGUUUUGAUGGUGGUUGUCGAUAUGGUAUUUUAACGACAAAUCUUUCAGAAAGUUUCAACAAUGCUCUCAAAGGAUGUAGGACAUUGCCAAUCAGUGCCCUUGUGCGAGCGACUUUUGACAAACUGGUCCAGCUCUUCGCCCAACGUCGUACUGCUGGUAUGAUGUGGCAGCAAGCUGGAUAUCAUUUUCCGGACAACAUUCGGAAAGAGCUUAUGGAGCGUUGGCAACAACGACCUCACACUGUGGUUCUUCCACACAACCAUUACACAGGAAUUUACUCGGUCUCCGUAGAAAAUGCAACACCUGUUACGGUUAAUCUAUCCAGACGUGUUUGUGACUGCGGUUGUUGGAGGAUGAACGGAAUGCCAUGUGUCCAUGCACAUUCUGUGUGCCAUUUUCUAAAUUGCAGUGUUGAUUAUCUUAUUCCUGAGGUAUACAAACUGAGUUCUUACAUAAAUGCACAUUCCAGUGAUAUCAUGCCAUUUCCGAAUAUGAAUGAGUGGCCGCAAAAUGAGUUCAUUCUUCUUCCGCCUAAGUACUCUUCCAGAACUUCUCGAGCUGGGCGCCGUCAAGAAACAAGAUUUCCAAAUGAGAUGGAUAUGCGUCCAAGACGAAGAGGACAACAUGAUUGAUUUGUAUUUGUACUCUUAUAAUGUAAUCUGUUUUUGUACUUUGUUUUAAUGUUUUAAAAUAUUUAUUAGCCAUAUGUUUUAUAUGUACCUUUAAUAUGACUUAUUGUGCAAUGAACUUUGUUUUAUUUUGAAUUC